CGGCCGCGGCGUCGCGCUUUGUGACGUCAAGCGGGUGAGCUUUGAAAAACCGCGCGAGAAAAGUAAGCGACGGAAACGGGAAUUUUCGCUGUUUUUUUUUUUUUUUUUGGUAAAAGAACGAACAAACAAGUAAAUAAAUAAUCAAAACUCGUGUCGUUGAAAGCGUUUAUCAUGGCGCUCCUGUCGCCGUACAGCAAAGUCCCCGAGCUGAACACCGCUACUGUUCUGUUGGUAGAAAAUGAGGAGGAGCUGCAGAACAGACUAGCCAACGCCAUAGUGCAACAUGAGAAGGACUUCAACGUCAAUGUACGUUUGGCCAAGAAACUCCCUCUGCCUGUUGAGAACAAGGAAGCUCGUCCACGUAUUGAUUUAAUAGUGUUUAUAGUGAGUCUGCUGUCCGAGCGCAGUCUUCAGUCUGCAGAGAGUUCCCUCAGUCAUCUUCAUUCAGACUGUUUUCUGGGGAAAGUGUGUUUCCUGGUGACUGACGCUCGCUGUGGUUCCCACACUCAGGAGCGUUUGGUCAGUGUGAGGAAGCUGGCUGCUUCACAUCACUGUCCCGUCAUCUGCGCUGAACACAGGACUGCAGACGGUGUGAGCGCUGCAGCUCUGCGUCUCCUCAAUAUCCUGCAGGUUUCAGCAGGAAUCACCCCCAUCUCCACCACUGCCCUCUACCUGUCCACACUGACCCGCUGCUCGCUGACCUCCGACCUCCAGGAGGACUACCUGCAGUAACUCCAUCAUUCAGCUUCACAGGCCAGAAUCUCACAGAGUAGCUCAGGUGGAUCUGAACUCUACGUUCUUUAGUGUUGCACUAUAUUGCGUUCUCACUCAUAUAUUUAGUCUUUUGCUAAAUUAAUAAAGCUCCAGCCAGCAGAGGGAGCCCUUGAGUAGCUAAUGAUCACAUCUGAUGUGUUGCCCAAAUAAUCUCCCCCUUACAGUAUUUAUAAAUAAAACAGUUUUAAAUAGAAUGGUUGAAGUUUUAUAUUAAUUAUUAUUGCUUUAAUGAAUCAAUUAAACAACUUUCUCAUAUAUAAAUAGACUGCUAGAUUUACUGGACACUCAUGUUGUGCUUUUAUUUAUGGCUUUGACUCUCACAUAAUUAAGAGUGAGUGGAUGAGUCCAAACUUUGACUAGUAGAGAAAGAACAAAUAAUUCAGUGUUAUUUGGUGUGUAAAAAUUUAUAUGUUAUCAAAAACAACUUUGUUUUACAAAUGUUUCCAAACCAGUUGUUGUUUACUCAUAAAUUAUCAUACUCUGACUUUGUGCUAAGCUAAAGCUGCUAGGAUUUUAGCCGCCUCUGUUGUGACUGAGUGGUAAAAAAAUAAAAUAUAUAAAGAUAUACAGUUGAGGUCAGGAUUAUUAGCCCCCCUUGAAUUAUUAGCCCCCCCCCCCCCCUGUUUAACAGAGAGAAGAUUUCUUCAGCACAUUUCUAAACAUAAUAGUUUUAACUCAUCUCUAAUAACUGAUUUAUUUUAUCUUUGUCAUGAUGACAGUGAAUAAUAUUUGACUAGAUAUUUUUCAAGACACUUUUAUACAGCUUAGUGACAUUUAAAGGCUUAACUAGGUUAAUUAGGUGAACUAGGCAGGUUAGGGUGAUUAGACAAGUUAUUGUAUAAUGAUGGCUUGUUCUGUAGACUAUCGACAAAAAAUUGAUAGCUUGAAGGGGCUAAUAAUAUUGACCAUAAAAUAGCUUAAAAAAAUUAAAAACAGCUUUUAUUCUAGCAGAAAUCAAACAAAUAAGACUUUAAAAUAUAUCAUCAGACAUACUGUGAAAAUUUUCUUGCUCCGUUAAACUUAAUUUAGGAAAUAUUUAAAAAAGAAAAAAAAUUCAAAGGGGGCUAAUCAUUCUGACUUCAGCUGUGUGUGUAUAUAUAUAUUAGUGCUGGGCCUUUAUCGGUGUUAACGCGAGACUCUUAUCGCGCGAUUUAAAAAAAUAUCGCCGUUAAUCUAUUCUCAAAGUUGGGUUGGAAGCUGGGUCUAUUCUACGCAAGCUAUGAUGACUUUCACCUUGCUCUUUUAGCGCGGAUGUAUACGUGACCGGUGAGCCGUCUGACAAACAAGUCCUCUUCUGAAUCAAAUCAGCAAAAUGCCUGACUUUAGCUGCAGUUCGGCAGUUUCACUUUAACUCAUGAAUAUUUCAUUCAUACGCCGUGACAUACUGAGGUAUUAGACGCAAAUAAGGGGUAAGGACUGGUGAGAGUGUUAUGGAAUGUAAUAACGCUCGCCAAACGGAAAGAAAAAAAACUUCUGCAUUUUGUGCGUGUGUGUGUGUGUGUGUGUGUUUUGUGUGCGGUCCUUUACUGACAGCCUCCUGUGUCUUGGAUCUUGUCGGAAAAUAUGGUGAAAAGUCCUACAUGAUGGUAAUAGUUUGAUUGCAGUGUUUACUUCAGUAAUGCCACUAAUAUAUGCACUCCACAUGUCUUAAUUCCAUUUCUGUUUAGUUCAGUUAUGACUUUAGUCGCAUUAAGGUAAUCAAAAGUCUCUGUUUACAUGAUAGACUCUUAAUCAGAGUAUUGUUUUAAUCAUAUUAAAAUCGUAUUAAAGUAUUGUUGCCCAUGUAAACAUACUCAAUGUUCGACACACCGUCAGGGCUCUGUGAACUUGGCAUUGAGAAGCAGCAUUUUCUGUAUGUACGGACAUCAAAAGCAAAUAUGAAAUGGCUGUUUGGAGCUUAUGUAGGCCUACAGUUCAACAUUCAUGUUUAACUGAAUAAACAGUUAGUAAACACAA